ACAAAAUAAAAUAAAUAGGAAAUUCAUUCCCAGAUUCCUCUCACGUGUUACCACACUCUGUCUUCCUCUUUCCAAACACGCCAGACCGCACCGCACCGCACCAGUGCCUCACCGUCGACGGCGAACCUCUAUCUCGCGUGAACAAAUCCAGUCACUUUCCUCUCCCUCUCUAAAACGCGCCGGCGACCGUGUUUCCCUUCUAAGUUGGACGUGUGAGUGCAGCGCCAUGGCUGUAUGCGGAGCUGGCAGACGUGUUUAUAUGAAGCUGUUCACCGGUGCCAAUUAUUCAUCAUUUUCGGCAUCCAAUGAAAUGAAUUUGAUAAAGCAAUUGAGAGAAAGAACAAGCGCUCCCAUUAAAGACGUGAAAGCGGCUCUUGUCGAUUCCAAUUGGGACAUCGACGCUGCUCAGAAGGAACUGAGAAAAAGGGGAAUUGUUCUCGCUUCCAAAAAAUCAUCUCGCACUGCUUCAGAAGGUUUGCUCGCUCUUGCUCAAAACGACCACAAAACUGCUCUCAUUGAACUCAACUGCGAAACUGAUUUCGUUGCCAGAAAUGACAUCUUUCAACACUUGGCACUAUCUCUGGCUAACCAAGCUUUAUUGCUUCCUAAUUCUUCUUCCUUUAACUUUGGACCUCAAUCUUUGGAGGAGAUGAGAUUGAAUCUUCAACAUCCAAAGAUCAAUGGAGAAACUACCGUUCAAAAUGCUAUCACUGAAGUAGCUGCUAUCAUGGGAGAGAAUGUAAAACUCAGAAGAGGUUAUGUGAUGCCUGCACCAUCUAACGGUCUUGUAUCUACAUAUCUUCAUACCAGUCCCCAACCUGGUUUGGGUCGCAUUGCUGGGAUCUUAUCUCUUGAAGUUGAUGGUGGUAAAACACAAGUAGAUGCACUCCAACGUGUUGGAUCAGAAUUGGCCAUGCAUGUAGUGGCGGCAAAACCAGUAUUCUUAACAAAGGAACUUGUGUCUUUGGAUGCAUUAGAAAAUGAGCGUGAAAUUCUUAAAUCUCAGGCAGAAUCCUCUGGUAAAUCUCAGAUGGCCAUAGACAAAAUGGUUGAAGGUCGUCUGCGCAAGUACUUUGAGGAUGUUGUGCUUAUGGACCAAAAGUUUGUUAUGAAUGAUACUAUGAAAGUGAAGGCGGUGCUGGAUAAUCUAUCCAAAGAGGUGGGUUCAUCCGUGAGGAUUGUAAGCUUUCUCAGAAUGGAGGUUGGGGAAGGAAUUGCAAGGCAAGAAACAGAUGCAUCUGAGGCUGUUGCUCAGGCAGCCUAAUUUAAGGUGAUUUAGUGCAAUAAUGGAGGAAACUUCUCAGAGAUAAGGUUUGUUUUGAGAGGCUUCUGUUCUCCAACUCAUAAUAUGAUUCUGUUGAAAACUUUGCUCCAUUUUGUAAAACAUCAAUGGUUUCUUUUAGUGUACUAGUGUGCUCUUGUGGACUUUCUUGAUCUCGAUCAUCAAAAAGCCGAGGAAAGUCAUCGUCAUA